CACUAACGCACAACCAUGCAUGCAUGGGAAGUUAUGGAUGAGUCUAUAAAUAAGUUGCAUCAUUUCUCCCCUCUUUCAUUCCCUUGGGGAGAAAAAAAACACAAAAAAUAAAAACUAAACCUUUCAAGCCAAUUACUUGAAGUGUUUUCCUCUCCCUCUCUCAUUUCAAGAAACUUUAUUUGAUUAAAGAGCAAGAACAUAUAAAUAUGGAAGGGAAAGGUUGUGUGGGGAAGUUCAUGGAAAAUGCAAGUCCAUACAUAGCUAUGAUCUCCUUGCAGUUUGGGUAUGCAGGGAUGAACAUAAUUACCAAAGUGUCCCUCAACAGGGGCAUGAGCCAUUAUGUUUUGGUUGUCUAUAGGCAUGCCUUUGCCACUGCUAUUAUUGCCCCCUUUGCUCUUUUUCUUGAAAGGAAAGUGAGGCCAAAGAUGACAUUCCCAAUUUUCAUGCAGAUCUUUGUUUUGGGUCUGCUGGGGCCGGUGAUUGAUCAAAACUUCUACUACGCCGGGCUGAAAUUCACAUCCCCAACUUUUUCUUGUGCCAUGAGCAACAUGCUCCCUGCAAUGACAUUCCUCAUGGCAGUUCUCUGCAGGAUGGAGAAGGUGAACAUGAAGAAGGUGAGGUGUCAAGCAAAGGUUGUGGGGACAAUAGUGACAGUGGGAGGAGCCAUGCUAAUGACACUUUACAAAGGGCAUGUUGUCAACUUCUUGUGGUCAGUCCAUACCAAAUAUCCCAAGAACAAUUAUUCCCCUACUUCAGCCCCUCAAAUGUCUGGUUUUUCUGAUAAAGACUGGCUCAAAGGCUCCAUUCUCCUCAUUCUAGCUACUUUUGCUUGGGCCUCCUUCUUCGUCCUUCAGGCAGUUACACUGAAGAAAUAUACAGCUCAGCUAUCCCUCACAGCUUUGGUGUGCUUCUUGGGCACUUUACAAUCCAUUGCAGUCACUUUUGUAAUGGAGCAUAGGGCCUCUGUUUGGACCAUUGGCUGGGACAUGAACCUUCUUGCUGCUGCUUAUGCUGGAAUAGUGUCAUCAAGUCUGGCAUACUAUGUCCAAGGCAAAGUGAUGCAGAAAAGGGGGCCUGUUUUUGCCACAGCUUUCAGUCCACUAAUGAUGGUCAUUGUUGCUGUCUUGGGAUCCUUCAUUCUUGCUGAGAAAAUCUUUGUUGGAAGUGUGCUUGGAGCCGUGUUGAUAGUUUUCGGACUGUACGGGGUAUUAUGGGGAAAGUACAAGGAAUACAAGGAGGAGAAUUGGAAGAUGGUCGAGGCGAUCGAAGAACCGGAGAAAACACAGAAGAGGAUGACGAUAAUGGUGGUGGGAGAUGAGUGUUGUGUUUUCGGGAACGAUUUAGAAAUGCAGAAAGCGUGUGAGGCAAAUCAGGGAGGUGCCGUCGCCAGGAAUGGUGUUAAGGUACCGCCGGGGACGGCAACUCCCUUGCAUACUUGCACUUAGAAAGUAGUGCAAGAAUAUGAUCAAUAAUAAGUAACUCUCCAUAAAUCAAAAUUACGUUUAGAGUUUAGAGGGAGUAGUAGUAGUAGUAAAUGAGGGGAGGUUGGGAGAUGUAGAAGGGCAUUUUCGUCCUAU